AUGGCUAAAACCAUAGCAGCUAUAAAAACUAACUUUCAUAUAAAACUUGCUUCUAUAACUGAAAACAGAAAAGCAGAAUUAGAAAAUUUAGAAGAAAACCUCCAAACUCCGGAAUUUGAAGAACAAGUGACCCGUCGUCUAACUUUUAAACAAGCUAUCCGAAUUUCCACCGAAUUCAAAAACGCCUUAAAAUCGUGGUUCAUCGCCAGUCCAAACAAAUGCGAAUUUAUCAACUCCUCCGUCAACAUCAUCGACUACAUAGCAACUGCGAGUUUCUACAUCGAUUUACUGCUCAGAAAAUUCGCGUCUCACGUCGAUAACGCCGAUAUAAUGGAAUUCUUCUCCAUAAUUCGCAUAAUGAGACUCUUCAAGCUCACCCGACACUCAUCGGGCCUGAAGAUACUCAUCCAAACGUUCAGGGCUUCGGCUAAAGAACUCACCCUGUUGGUGUUCUUCCUAGUUUUAGGUAUAGUUAUUUUCGCGAGUUUGGUAUACUACGCGGAAAGGAUUCAAACAAAUCCGGAUAACGAUUUUAAGAGCAUACCGUUGGGACUUUGGUGGGCUCUGGUGACCAUGACCACCGUGGGUUAUGGAGAUAUGGUGCCUAAGACUUAUAUUGGAAUGUUCGUGGGUGCUUUGUGUGCUCUGGCGGGUGUACUGACGAUAGCCUUGCCAGUGCCAGUUAUUGUUUCGAAUUUUGCCAUGUAUUAUAGCCACACGCAGGCCCGAGCCAAACUUCCUAAAAAGCGGCGAAGAGUUCUUCCUGUAGAGCCCACGAGGGGCCCUCGUUUACCAGGUCAACCAGGCCAGCCUCCAGCUAAUCAAAUGGGUACUUCGGCAGCAGAACAGAAUCGCCGAAUGAAUGCAGCCAAGUCUAAUAAUCCGAAAGAAAAUAUGAUGGGAGCUCCUAUUCCUAAAAUGGAUCAGAAUCGCCGUCUCUCCAAUUUCAGAUCAAAUGGUACCAAAAGUAACGAACCGGUUGAAUAGUAUGAGGGGAUUGAUAGGGGUGACGUCGUCCCUCCUAUUAAAUCCAAACGGGGUUGGACUCGAAUCAAAUCCAGCGUUUUUGAUGGGCAAACCAAAAUUUGAGAUCACCCCUACGUCUCAACCGACACCGACUCAAGUGAAUCUAGCACAAAGUUCGGGACAGUGCUACACAACGCUAAAACCUUCUACAUGAAUAUUUAAAUGAACCUGUGUUAGUAACAGCAAACGAAUUAUAAAUAAUUGCAUUAAAGUCUUUGUUAUUAAGGGAGUUGCGACAUUCACCAGAUGUUGAUCACAUGUCUAUAAAGACAGUGAAAUCUCAGAAAUUAGAACUGUAUAAAAAGAGUAACAAAUAAUUUGAUAAAAUAUAUUUUAGAAGUCAAAAUGCUAAACUUGCGUUAAAGUGCUUAAUUUAUUUUAAAAAUGUUAAACUUUUUCAGUCUUAAGCUAUGUUUAUUUAUAAUAAAAUGUGAAUUACAUAUGAAAUAUAGGAAAAUAUCAAUUUUAUAAAGAAAAGAACAUAUUAUUAGGCUAAAAAAAUUGACCAAGAUAUUAGUGUUAGAAAUCUGAAUAUGGAAUCUCCGAACAUAAUAGUAUAUUAUUUACCAGGAGACUAAAGUGCGUCUUAAUC